AUUUAUUGAAUGAAAUGCUUUUCAAAGAUAAUUCACAAAAAAGGAUUAUUAUCUGACUUACAAGCCGACACUUAAGGGGUUAAAGUUAGAUAAAACCUUAACUAAUAUUAACUAACCCACGCAACACAUAAAUUUUCUAUAUUUUUCAAAAUAUUUAUCUGAGUAUUAAGCGACCUAAGAAAUUUCAGCUUGUGGCAACACCGUUAAUGCAGCUAACGGAAAAACAGAGCGCCGACGCGCAAACGAGAGCGGGAAGUAGUCAAAUAGAGAACAGGAAAUUUGCCGCCAGAGAGCAAACUAUUGAAGCAAAACACUUGAAAGACGCACACACCAUAAAAUUGGCAACAACAAUGGAGAAACCUACAAAAAUAACUUUAUCGGCAUUAAUAAACGAUGAGCAAAUUGCCACGAACAAGUGACACGAAAGGAGCGCCACCAACGAGCAAACGAAUGCUAACCGAAAUGAGGAAACGAGUAAGCUCAGCGCACGAGUAGUGGCGGUGCCAUUGCCAGUGCCAGUGUUAGGCAGCUUCGAGUGGCAAAGUGACAUUUCGAAUUUAUGUGUGGUGUGCAAAGGAGGAAAUAUCUAACAGUGCAACAUAUUAAUACAUAACUCUUGUAAUAUAGAUACAACAGUCAGCUUUUGUGUAUUAAAAUGUGAAAUAAUAUUGAAACUAAAACGCAUUACUAAAUAAUAAAUUAAAAGUUACUACAUUGAAAGUGAAUAUACCAAAAGGUUAAUGUAAAAUAGUCUGCAUAUAAUUGGCUAUACGGAAAAAUUUCUACGAGUGCGUAAGGAAAAAGGAAGAAAAACGCUACAUACAUACAAGUAUAUAUGCGCAUACAGGAACAGCGCCGAGUGAAAGGUAGCUGACGCAGAGAGCACAGCAAUUACUUGCGACCCAACCCCGCUGUUUUGAACAGCAACAACAAAUGCAACAGCAGCGGCCAUAAAAAUAAAUAUCCAAUAAAAAAUGUCUUAAGUGUUGCGCACUCAGAGCGUGUACGAGUACAUAUGUGUGUGCGUGUAUGUAGGUAAGUGUGUGUGUGUGUGUGUUAGAGUGCUUUCCCUAUGAACGGCUACAACUCCGACAACGGCAGUUCGGUCUGACUUUUUUAGCUUUUGCUGCCCUCUGUGCACCUUGUAGCGACAGUCGGUCGGUCGGUCGGCGAGCGGUCGUUAAUACUGUCAUUUGGCGUAUAACCGUUAUCGUAGCGUGUAAUUCAUACAAUCCCCAGCGCUGCAAAUCGGCAAAUGUCUUUGUGUAGACUUGUGAAACGAAAUACAAAUGGAAAGUAAUUUUAACGGUGAUAAUUAAUUAAAAGGAAUUGAAAUUGUUUUCGAUAUAUGUGUGUAUGCAUGUAUAUACCCAUACAUACAUAGUUGGUUUGUAUACUUGUGCGGCGAGAUUUCAAGCACACUAACUCCUAAUCAAUGAAAAAAUGGUAACGAUGACUUCAGAGGUGGACAAAACGCAAACUUCAAUCGUCUUGGCUGCGAAGUCGGCAGCCGAAACCGCUGCCAGUGCAAACAGUCCGAUUCGAGCUGAGGAGAUGGGCCAACGCCAACGCAUAGCGCUUGAGGGUGACAAUGGUGAGGAUGCAGCGCAAACUCUUACAGCAAGUAACGUAACGGCCGAUAAUUGUAAUGAAGGGUCAGCGAAAACCGCAAUCACAACAACAACUGCAACAAAUUUAAAGCCAUUAGAAUUAUCAAGUGUUACAAUUUCGAUUGAAUUGGCAAGUGAAGAUGACUCUUCGACAGCUGCGACGCCUGCAACGGCCGUUGAGGCAGCUAUAUGCACAACAAUAACACCGGCCACACCGGUUACGCCAACCACACCGCAGGGAGCAACGCCCAAAACGGUAACUACGCCCGUCGUUGCGCCACAGCCUGCCACACCUAUGAAUAUAGCAAAUAUAUCAGCAACACCAAUAACAACUGUAACAGCUGUAGAAACGCCAGCACCCACAACUGCAACAACAACAACAGACAAAUCUACCGCAGGCGCUGAAACGGCGGCAGUCACCAAGUGUAACGAAAAAACUACCGUUACAGACACCACAAGUGUCACAAUGAAUGAACAUGUUGUUGUCAAAAGCGAAAACAGCAGAAAAAACAAUAACACUACAGCAAGCACCACAACAACAUUCACUGCAGCAAGCGUUACACGAGCUGCCACCGAUGCAGCCAAAGUCACCGCCACCGCCACAGUUGCAACUGGCAAAACAAUAGCAGCCAGCAGCACAACCACCACCACCACAUCAUCAUCAAUAUCAUCAUCCUCAACGCCAAAGGUGAAUUUCUGCGUGAAUAGCACCAACAGCAACACAAGCAAUAGCACGUGUACGUCGAGUACGAACAGCACCAGCAGUGUGACCAGCAUGUCUACGCCGGCUGCCGUGGGUGGCAACACUGCCAAUGGUAGUGGCGGUGCCGGUUUAGGUGUGAGCAACAGUCAUUAUCAUCAUCAGCAACAGCAACAACAAAGCGCUCAACAUGGGAAAUCAUCUGCCAGCAAUGGCAGUGGCGGCGGCGCGGACGGCUCACAUACUGCGCUGCCUGGAGCGAAGCCUUCACUCACCACUGGCGCCAUUCUAAAUCACCCACAACAGCGUCGCAACGAAGAUGCGCCCAAUAUUAUGGUGUACAAAAAGUAUGGCUUUCUUGCAAACCCACAGAUGGAAGCAAUUAUUGAGAAGAUGCAAGCGGAAUCUACCGGUGUGGCGGUGCGCACUGUCAAAGCGUUUAUGAGCAAAGUGCCAUCGGUCUUUACCGGUGCAGAUUUAGUCGCUUGGAUAUUAAAGAACUUAGAUGUUGAAGAUGUGACGGAAGCAUUGCAUUUUGCGCAUUUGCUUGCAUCACACGGCUACAUUUUCCCCAUCGAUGAUCAUCAGUUGACUGUGAAAAACGAUGGCACCUUUUAUAGAUUUCAAACACCCUAUUUCUGGCCAUCAAAUUGUUGGGAGCCUGAAAACACAGAUUAUGCCGUGUAUCUGUGCAAACGUACGAUGCAGAAUAAAACACGACUGGAAUUGGCUGAUUACGAGGCGGAGAACUUAGCCAAACUUCAGAAGAUGUUCUCACGCAAAUGGGAAUUCAUAUUCAUGCAGGCGGAGUCACAAAGCAAAGUGGCCAAAAAACGUGAUAAGCUCGAGCGCAAAGUAUUGGAUUCACAGGAGCGCGCCUUCUGGGAUGUGCACCGACCAAUGCCAGGCUGUGUAAAUACAACCGAAAUCGAUAUAAAGAAAGCAUAUCGACGUGGCGGUCACGGCUGCGGCACUUCCGGCGGUGCUGUGGCCAAGAAUCCCGUCGAGCAGGUGACGCGUGUGAUUGGUUUGCGCAAACAAAAGCUCGAGCGGCGCACAAUAAAGGUGUCAAAGGCAGCCGAAGCUUUGGUCGCCUACUACGAGCAAUACAAUGAAUUUGAUUACUUUAUAACAUCACCAGAGUUGCCAAAUCCUUGGCAAACGGAUAGCACCGAAAUGUGGGAUGCGGAACGAAACUCAAAAGAAGUACCGUUACGUCAUGUAAAGCGCUGGGGCUUUAGUUUACGUGAGCUACUGAACGAUCCCGUUGGACGUGAGCAAUUCACAAAAUUUCUCGAAAAGGAGUACAGUGGCGAGAAUUUAAAGUUUUGGGAGUCAGUGCAACAGAUGAAAACACUACCACAAUCUGAAAUCAAAGAAGCAAUACACAAAAUCUGGCAAGAGUUUCUCGCACCCGAUGCACCCUGUCCGGUGAAUGUCGACUCGAAAUCGGUGGAAUUGGCACGUGAGGCCGUCAAUGCCGUGAAUGGUCCGAAUCGCUGGUGCUUCGAUGUGGCCGCUGCGCAUGUUUAUCACCUUAUGAAGAGCGAUUCAUAUUCCCGUUAUUUGCGCUCGGAUAUGUAUAAAGAUUAUUUGAAUUGUUCACGUAAGAAAAUCAAAUCAAUACCAAAUUUAUUCGGUGUGAAGCGUUAGGGUGAGAAUAGACAACUCUAGUAAAAGUGAAGGCGUGAUCUAUUGUCGCAGUAAAUGAAAUUGUUUAACUACUAAUGUACUUUAUACCGUCACACAGCUUGUUAUUUUUAAGUAUGCAGCUUAAAAGCUUUGGAUUAUUGAAAAAAGGAAUUGACUAGAUUGUUUAUAGUUGAAUUUAUUUUUUGUUGCUAAUAAUUAACUACAAGUAUUUAUAUUUUUAUAGACUUAAUAUUUAUAUUCGCAGCAGAAACUAUUAAAUUUUAGUUAUAUUUAUAAUAUGUGGCAUUGAACAGUUAAAGCGCUUAUUACAACAAAUAUUUUUGUUAUAGAGCUUUCGACAACUUUAGUCUAGUUUUCAAAUGAAAAAAAAAAAUUAACUAAUAGGCACAUUUGUUAAUUUAAUGAAGAAAAAUAAUAAUCGUAAACUAAUUUAGGCAAAUUGUAAUAACUAAUGGAAAUCGCAUAUAGUUAUGUGUAUGUACAUGUCUAGAACAGGGUUGCGAAUUCUUGAAUUAAAAAAUGUUGGAUGAAAAACUCGCAUCUUUGGUCUACAAAUACAUAUACAUAUGUAUAUUGCAUUUCCUGCAGAAAUAUUAUAUUAUCAUAAAGGCAUAAUAGCUGAAUUGGUGUAGACAGUCGCAUGAAUACAUACAUAUACAUAUUACAUGAUUACUUGUUUGCAGAUAAAUACACUAAGUACAUAAGUUUGUACAUACAUAAGUAUAUAAAUAAACAUAGAGUUAUAGUAUAUAUGUCUAAAUGUUAAUUGUACUAUGGUAUGUAAUUUAAAACAACAUACAUAUACAUAUUAAAAAUGUUCAAUGUUUUGAGCAUUUUCAAGAAUAAACUGCCAAUGCUUAUUUAA